AUGGCACGCCACCCCAUUAUUCAGGCGAUACUUAUCGCACUUAUUGUGCUGGGCGUUGCGGUGACUGGGGUCACGGUGAAGGAUGAUGGGAGCGUGGAGAAGGGGAGGCCAAUCUCAUUCCAGGCUGAGGUGAGCAAGAUGCUUGACAUUCUUAUUAAUUCUUUAUAUACGAACCGCGCUGUCUUUCUGCGCGAGUUGAUUUCUAACGGCAGCGACGCCCUCGAUAAGAUCCGUAUGCUCUACCUCACGGCGCCGAAGGAGCCGAAGAACAAAGACGGCGAGGUGCCGGCGUUGGAAAUGCGGGUGAUAAUUGACAAUGAGCGCAAGACUCUCACUUUGCGGGACGGCGGCAUUGGUAUGACGAAGGCGGAGCUGGAGGAGCACCUCGGCUCCCUUGGCACCUCCGGCACGAAGCGGUUCAUGGAGAAGCUGAAGGAAACGAAGGAUGAUAGUCUCAUUGGACAGUUUGGUGUUGGCUUCUACUCCGCCUUCCUCGUUGCCGACCGCGUGCGGGUGGCUUCGAAGAGCGAUGACAGUGACGUGCAGUGGGUGUGGGAGUCUGCUGGCGACGGGCAAUAUUACAUAUACGAGGACGAACGUGGCAACACGCUUGGCCGCGGGACGGAGAUCACACUUGAGAUGAAGCCCGACGCAUUGGAAUUUCUUAGCACGGAUAACGUGAGGGAUAUUGUGCACCAAUACAGCGAGUUUGUACACUUCCCCAUCUACAUGCAGAAGGGAGAGAAGUGGGAGGUGGUGAAUGAGAACAAGCCCAUCUGGACACGCAAGCCAUCCGAGGUGACGGAGGAGGAGUACCACAAAUUCUACAAGUCCCUCACCCACGACUACCGAAACCCGAUGUAUUACUCGCACUUCAAUGUUGAGGGCGAGGUAGAGUUCAGUUCUGUACUUUUCAUCCCACAAGAGGCAUCGCAAGACAUAUUCGUUAAUAACGAGGACACACGCGACAAUAUCAAGUUGUACGUACGACGUAUUUUUAUCACUGACGAGUUCCGACAGCUUCUCCCGCGUUACCUCAGCUUUGUAAGGGGCAUUGUUGACAGCAACGAUCUCCCUCUCAACGUCUCCCGCGAGGUGCUACAGGAGAGCCGAAUUCUCCGUGUCAUCAAGAAGAAACUUGUGCGCAAGGCUCUGUCCAUGAUUUCCGAGAUUGCGGAGAAGGACGCCCGCCUCAAGGAGGGCCUGGAGAAGGAAAAAUCAGGGGAAGAUGGUGAAGCGAAGGAUGAGAACACAACGGAGAAGAAAUCAGAUGACGAUAAAGGCAAGGAGCCCUUGUAUCCAAAGUUCUGGGCUCAGUUUGGCAAACAUAUCCGUCUCGGCAUUCUCGAGGAUGCCAACAACCGCGGCCGCCUCGCGAAGCUGCUGCGUUACACAUCCACAAAGAGUAACGGCACCCUUGUUAGCCUGCAGGAGUACACAGACCGCAUGAAGCCAGAACAGAAGCACAUUUACUUCCUCACAGGUGACUCGGUUAAGAAGAUGAGGCAGUCGCCGCACAUUGAAGAGGCGCUGGAGCGUGACGUGGAGGUUCUUUUCAUGACGGAUGCUAUUGAUGAGUACGUCGUCUCUCAGGUGCAAGACUUCGGCAACAAACGGCUUAUUAACCUCGCAAAAGACAACGCGCGCCUUGACGAGCCGACGGAGAGGGACAAGGCCAUUGAAAAGGAGCGCAAGAAGAAAUAUGAGCCCCUCACCGAACGCCUUUUGACUCUGUUUGGAAAAAGCCAAGUGCGGAAGGUCAUUCUGACAAGACGACAGAGCUCGGAGGCUUUUAUUUUGUCUACGCAGGAGAACGACAUGACACCUCGCAUGGUGAACGUCAUGAAUCAACAGGCAAUCUCUUCCCUCCACACGAUGCGAUACUCCCGCGUGCUGGAACUUAACCACCGCCAUCCACUUGUGCGGGAUCUUCUGACACGAUUUGAGGCGGACGCAAACGACCAGACUGCCAUUGACGUGGCAUGGGUCCUUUUCGGCACGGCCAACCUGCAGGCGGGAUUCCCCGUCUCGAAUCAGGCCAUGUACGCUAAGCGCGUGAACCGUCUGCUGAGGGGCCGCGUGGGUCUUGCGGCUGAUGACACGAUCUUGCCCCCAGACGACGACGAGUACGACAUUUCAGACGUCAAACCCGACACCACUGGCACCGACGAAGGACUGCUGCUUCCGGUGGACAACGACGGGGAUGAAUCGUCUGACAAGGAAGACGCGGAGCCAACCGCGGCAGAAAUGAAACCAACAAAAACGGAGGAUGACGCGGGUGAUCUGUAA